UGAGUAAAGGGUUAACAUUAAGCAUUACAUUUCAUAAUGGGUAUUGACUACUACGAGUCACUGGAAAUUAACAGAAAUGCAACGGACGCAUUUAUCAAAAAGGCUUAUCGACGUCUUGCAUUGAAGUUUCAUCCGGACAACAGAGAGACUGGAAGCUCCGAGAGAUUCUGUCAGCUGGGUGAAGCCUACGACGUGCUGAGCGACCCUCGAAAAAAGGCAACCUAUGACAAGUUUGGUGAGGAGGGUCUCAAAGGUGGGAUCCCACCUGAGUUUGGCAGCAGUGGGGCCUGGUCAUCUAAAUACGCUUACCAUGGGAACCCAGAUAAAACAUUCAAACAAUUCUUUGGAGGCAACAACCCAUUUUCAGACUUCUCUACAAACGAUGCACCACUUCAGUUUGGUGGACUGCAACAAGUUGUGGUAAAGACACAAGACUCUCACAUAGAGAGAGACCUUCAUCUUUCCCUGGAUGAUCUCUUUCAUGGAUGCACUAAAAAGAUUAAGAUAUCUCGUAGGGUCAUGAAUGAGGACGGAUGCACAUCCAGUAUCAAAGACAAGAUCCUGACUAUAGAUGUGGAGCCCGGAUGGAAAGAAGGCACAAGAGUAGUGUUUCAAAAAGAGGGAGAUCAGGGGCCGAAAAGUAUCCCUGCUGACAUUGUGUUCAUUGUGAGACAGAAGAGUCAUCCUCUGUUUGUUAGAAAACAAAAUGACCUGAUCUUCAAAAGCCAGAUCUCUCUAGAAAUGGCCCUGACUGGGUUCUCUGUGGAUGUGGAGACACUAGAUGGCAGGCUACUCACUCUUCCCAUCAAUGACAUUGUUCAGUAAGUGCUUUUCCAAUACUAGGGAAUUUGGAUUACUUAAUGUAUAACACUAUAACAUAUUUUCAAAUUCCUGUAAAUAUGAGUCGAUAAUAUUCUUGACUAUUAUUAUUCAAUAUUAGUCUGGAAUACUUAACUCUGUGUUAAGCGAGUUAAACAUUAAGAUCAGUCAAGAGAGAGACACAAAUAUAAAAAUCAUUAUUUAUACAAAAGUACAAAGAAGCAGAGAUAUGUGUUAAGUCUUUUUUUGUCAUGGGCAUCAUUUCUCUUUCUCUGAUUGGCUUUGUUUUUACAAAUCAGCCCUGGGUACAAAAAGGUGGUGACUGGAGAGGGUAUGCCGCUGUCCCAGGAUCCUUCUCAGAGAGGAAACCUCAUCAUCACAUUUGAUGUCCAGUUUCCAGAAAAGCUCUCCGCUGAGAGGAGGCAACUGGUCAAGCAAGCUCUCACUUUUAAAUAUUGAUCACUCUCUAAAACUUUUGUUUGUAUCACAUGACACAUAAGCACCACUGUUGCACCACCAGCCUUUCAUCUGUUCAAUAACGGUUACAGCGUGGUUGUACAGUUGUGACUUGCUGCCAUCAUGGCCCGUUUCAGCUGCUCGUAUGUUACGAACAUCACCACGUUCCAGGAGCCUAGGCGUAAGAAAGAAGGCACAAACCUGAGGGGGGGAAAAACAAAAUGAUUGAAUAAAUCUGUUCAGCUCAGUAAA